AUGCACUCAGAGGCAGCACCGUUCAUAUUAGAGGUCUGCUCAACAAUGAGUCCGUCACGGAAGUUUGGAACAUUGGCGAAGGUUGGCCCAAAAGGAGUCGUCAAAGAUGAUCAAUUUGAAUAUUAUGAUGUGCCCGCUCUGGCCCUGUUGACCUCAGAAGGAUUGAUUUCCGUGAAUGACUGUCUGGGCUACGGAGAUAUCAAACACUGCCGCCAAAUCACGAAAGGAUGCUCAAUCAGAUUUUUCGAAUAUUGCCACAGCAAGAUUGCACAAAUGGCAGACGGAACGUUCAUACUUGCUAUGGAAGCAACAACGUUUGUGGCGACCAUUCACAAGGUAUGA